GAACAUGCACUGUCGAUGUAAAUUAAUUUUACACCGACAAUCCAUAAGAAUUGAUCAACAUUCCAUUACUAGUAAUUUACACUUUUGGUACAUAUUCAAUUUUAAUAAGUUUGUUAUCAUCAAAACAUCAAAUUUAACCGAAAUUUUUUUUAAGUAAAAAUAAAAAACAUUUUGAGUUUUUGAACAACUAACUUUCUUUGUGUUCAUUGCACUCUUGCUAACUUCCGAAGGCCAAGGCCAUAGAACAGCACAAUUUGGUAGUUCCACCAUUUCCUUUAACAUGGAAGAAGACAACAAUACCAGAACCGUUAGCUCCACCACCACCACCACCACCACCACAAUGGAUCCCAAAACCGGGUUCAACUCAAUUUCCAGAACCUUCCAAACUCUAAGACCCCCACUAAACCUUCCACCACCACACGCCACAAUCUCCGCCGCAACCUACAUUCUCUCCCUCCGCCACAAAUCCCCUUUCUCCUCCUCCACCACUCUCCUCAUCGACUCAUCCACAUCUCAUCAACUAUCUUACUCCAACUUCAUCCAACGCUCAAAAACCCUCGCUAAAAACCUCACUCUCCGCGGACUCACCAAACACCACACCGCAUUGAUACUUUCCCCAAACAUUUUCCAGGUUCCAAUCCUCUACUUCGCAUUACUCUCUAUCGGCGUCGUUAUUUCACCCGCAAAUCCAAUUUCAACAACUUCCGAUAUUUCUCAUUUCAUAAAUCUCUCUAAACCUGUAAUCGCUUUUACGACGUCGUUUUGUGGAAACCUUCCGAAACUGAAACUACCUCUCGGAACGAUUCUCAUUGACUCGCCCGAGUUUGACUCACUCACCACGGAAGAAGCUAAAGAUGAUAUUUCGACGACGACAGUGUUACCGGAGGUGAGUCAAUCUGAUGUGGCGGCGAUUCUGUAUUCGUCGGGGACUACAGGGAAAUCGAAAGGUGUGAUGCUUACACACCGGAAUUUAACGGCCACGGUGGCGGCGUAUGACGCUGUUCGGAUUCCGACGGAGAGUCCUGCGGUGUCUUUGGUAACGGUACCGUUUUUUCAUGUGUAUGGUUUUACAAUUCUGUUGAAAUCUGUGGCUAUGAUGGAAACGGUUGUGGUGAUGGAGAGAUUUGGAUUGGGGAAAAUGUUGAGUGUUUUGGAGAGGUUUCGAGUGACAAAUCUAGUGGUGGCGCCGCCGGUUGUGGUGGCGAUGAGUAAAGAGGGAGUGACGGAAGGGUAUGAUUUGUCGUCGUUGAAAAGUGUUGUUUGUGGUGGUGCUCCGUUGGGAAAGGAUAAUUUUGAUGCUUUCAAAGCAAAAUUCGCUCAAGUUUCCAUUAUUCAGGGAUAUGGCUUAACUGAGUCAACAGCCGGUGUUAUCCGAAUAGUAGGUCCUGAGGAAGCUAGCCGGGCAGGAACUACGGGUAGGCUGAUAUCAGGGGUGGAAGCUAAAAUAGUGAACUCCGACACAGGAGAGGCAAUGUCUCCAGGCGAACAAGGGGAACUUUGGGUUAGAGGACCUCCAAUUAUGAAAGGUUAUGUUGGGGAUCCAGUGGCAACUUCUGACACUUUAGUGGAUGGAUGGUUGAGAACUGGGGAUAUUUGCUAUUUUGACAAUGAAGGUUUCGUGUAUGUUGUAGACAGGUUGAAAGAAUUGAUCAAAUAUAAAGGUUACCAGGUAGCUCCUGCAGAGCUGGAACAACUACUCCAGUCUCACCCAGAGAUAAAAGAUGCUGCAGUUAUUCCAUACCCUGAUGAGGAUGCUGGUCAGGUUCCCCUAGCUUUUGUGAUAAGGCAACCUCAAUGCUCAAUGGGUGAAGCAGAAAUAAUAGAUUUUGUAGCCAAACAGGUUGCACCAUACAAGAAGAUAAGACAUGUAGUAUUUGUCAAUUCCAUACCAAAGAAUGCAACUGGAAAGAUACUAAGGAAGGACUUGUUGAAUAAAAUUCUCCAGCAACAAACUUUCCCUAGGUUAUAACGUAUUUCAA